AUGGGGCAACAGGGAGCGCCGGCGGAGGCCGUAGCCCGGCGCAGCGGGGCGAGGCUCACCAGCCGGCCGCGGCAGGUGGAGGCGAGCGCAGGGGGGCGGCGGCGCGCGGGCGCUGGGGCUGCAGAGGCGGGGGGGGCGAGCAACGGCGUGUGGUGGUUUGGCCGGAGCAGAGAGCCGCAGCAGGGGACGGGCAGCGGCGGCCACGCGCGGCCAUGGGCACAUGCGGGGGCGAGGGUGCGGGGCCGUGGCACGGACGAGGCACGCGGGAGUGCAAGCGGCGCAGGGGACAACAGGCAGUGGUGGCGCGAGGGAGUAGCGGGGAGGCAGCGGUGGUCUGCACGGGCGGCAGCGCUGGCGGAGCAGAGCCGCGGGGCGGGGCUUGGACGCACGAGCAGGGGAGGUCCGGCGCGGCUGCGGGGAGGCGAGCGGGAGGCGCGGUGA